UGUUGAGGUCUAGCCCAGAAGUGUCAUCCUCUCCAGGGAAGAAAGCACUCGGGAGAAGGGUGGUUUACAGCAUGGUUAUAUACCGUUUCAGAACAAAGAACAUACGAUGAGCGGGACAGGAAUACAAUUUUUUUUCCCCAAGCCACAAGGAGAUGUUUUGCUGUAGUUCAGCAUGUACACAGCAGGUCAAUUUGAACUUGGAUUUCUGGGAAGAAAAGCUUAUCUUCAAAGAAAUACUGGUACUGGCGUCCGAGAAAGGGAGACGAUCAUCCCCAUCUUUAAAGAGUGCAUUCUUUGCUUUGGGAAAAUGUUUGAAGCAGAGGUACCAAGCAUGUUUGGCGGGCCAUAAAUUAGGCUGCUCUGGGAAAACAAGUUUUAGGUCAAAUCAGAUUUAAACUAGAAUGGCUUCCCCAUAUACCCCAAUAUGUGAAAAAUUAUUAUUAUUCUUAUUAUUUUUAUCAAAACCAUAAGCAGAUACAAGAAGGAAAAAUAACAAGAGUGAAUAUAACGGUCAGAAAAGGGAGGCACACAGUGGCUUCCAGUUCUUAAGACGACUGUCUGUCUCUUCCCGGCAGAUCCAACUUCCAACUUUUAAAGUGUGGCCAAGACCAACCAUUCUUCAUCAAUUACAGGAGACAGGAGCUUCCUGACUUUGAGGUGAAGCUCACCCACCAGGCUCAAGGCCAGGCCUCGACCCUGACUUCUGCUACCCCAGUGCCCGCUCCUCGCUCCUCUCUUGGGGCUUGGCGCAAACUCAGCGGAUGCUCAGUAAACACUUAUCAAAAGAAGCGAAGUGAAGGGGGAAGGGGAUUAGGGAGAAUGGAGGAAUCACCAUCCAGUGAGAGAGCAGAAAAGAAACAACGGACUCAUACACGCCACUGGUGUGAACAGAAGGCUGUGAGAGGUGGUGUCGGGAGCUGAGCAGGGCGUGACAUUUGCUCUGCAUCUUGCAAACCCAGUGAAAUUCCAUGUUUAAAGGCAUUUCCCUGAACGCCAUGGCUGUUCUUCGCUGCUGGGCCCAUUCUCUCCUCCCAUGGCAAUCACCACUGUUUGUAUCUUUUUAAAACGGUUUCCUUUAAACAGCUGACAAACUCAGGCAACCAGAGGUGGGGGCCUGGCGUGUCAAGGCCUUGGCGAUCAAGGGCACAGACUCGCUCCCUUGGUCUGUGUGUCGGCCCCUGGAUCCCCGUCUUAAUGGGAUCGGCGCGGCAGGGGAGAGGUGGGGAUGUGUCUAUCGCUGCGUGAGGCCGGCGACUAUCCUGCGCCCCUGCGUUCCGGCCGGGAGAGAGCGGGGGCUGGGACAGCGGCGACGGCGCGCGGGCCCGCCCCCGGGUGGGCGCAGCCCCGGCCGCGGCGCUCCUGGCCCCUCCCCGCCGCCGCCGAGCUGGACCGCAGCGGCCCGGCGACCAUGCGCCGCCUCCCGCGGGCCCUGCUGCUGCCGCUGCCGCUCGCCCUGCUCGUGGCCGCGGGGGCCCCCGAGGCGCCGGUCAGCGCGCCAAGGAGCCUGGUGUGGGGGCCCGGGCUGCAAGCGGGCGUCGUUCUGCCCGUCCGCUAUUUCUACCUGCAGGCCGUCACCUCGGAGGGCCAAAACCUCACCCGCUCGCCCCCAGGUCAAACACUAUUCAAAGUAGUAAUCAAAUCUCUUUCACCUAAAGAGUUAGUCCGGAUUCACAUCCCUAAACCUUUGGACAGGAAUGAUGGAACAUUUUUGAUGCGAUAUAGGAUGUAUGAAACUGUCAACGAAGGGCUGAAGAUAGAGGUCCUUUAUGGUGAUGAACAUGUGGCUCAGUCUCCCUAUAUUUUGAAAGGACCCGUGUACCAUGAAUACUGUGAGUGUCCAGAAGAGGAUCCUCAGGCCUGGCAGAAAACCCUGUCUUGUCCAACCAAGGAACCACAGAUUGCAAAAGAUUUUGCAUCUUUUCCCAGCAUCAAUCUCCAGCAGAUGCUAAAUGAAGUUCCUAAAAGGUUUGGGGAUGAGAGGGGCGCCAUUGUUCAUUACACGAUUCUCAAUAACCACAUCUACCGGAGAUCUUUAGGGAAGUACACAGACUUCAAAAUGUUCUCUGAUGAGAUUUUGCUGUCACUGGCAAGAAAGGUUCUUCUCCCAGAUUUAGAAUUUUAUGUUAAUCUUGGAGAUUGGCCCUUGGAGCAUCGAAAAGUCAAUGAAACCCCUGGCCCUUUACCUAUCAUUUCAUGGUGUGGCUCUCUGGAUUCACGAGAUGUUAUCCUCCCAACAUAUGACAUCACCCACUCCACACUUGAAGCAAUGAGAGGUGUUACAAAUGAUCUCCUUUCUAUUCAGGGAAAUACAGGGCCUUCCUGGAUCAAUAAAACAGAGAAAGCUUUCUUCAGAGGUCGAGACAGCCGAGAGGAGAGGCUCCAGUUGGUGCAGCUGGCCAAAGAAAAUCCACAGCUACUAGAUGCAGGAAUUACAGGAUAUUUCUUUUUCCAAGAGAAAGAAAAGGAGCUUGGAAAAGCUAAAUUGAUAGGUUUCUUUGAUUUCUUUAAGUACAAGUAUCAAGUGAACGUGGAUGGGACCGUGGCUGCUUAUAGAUAUCCAUAUCUCAUGCUGGGCGACAGUCUCGUUCUGAAACAGGACUCACCGUAUUAUGAACAUUUCUAUUUGGCACUAAAGCCUUGGAAACAUUAUGUUCCAAUUAAAAGAAAUCUCAGUGAUUUACUAGAGAAAGUUAAAUGGGCCAAGGAAAAUGAUGGAGAAGCCAAGAAGAUUGCCAAAGAAGGGCAGUUGACUGCUAGGGAGCUGCUACAGCCACACAGGCUGUACUGCUACUAUUACAGAGUGCUACAGAAAUAUGCUGAGCGCCAGUCCAGCAAACCAGAAAUACGUGAUGGAAUGGAACUUGUUCCUCAGCCAAAGGAUAAUGAAUCCAUCUGCCAGUGCCACAGGAAAAGGCCUUUAAGAGAGGAGCUUUAAGUCAGCCCAGAUUCACUCCUGCGUAUACCAGUGACAUCUUUAAUGGAAGUGUUCAGAUGGAAUCUAAGCCAUGAAGAACACAGCUUGGAAGACUUUAUCCAAAGGACUAGUUCUCUUGAUGGUCUUAUAUAAUGUGGAUGGACAGAGUGAUAUUAGAGCAAGUAUUACCAAGUAUCUUUGGAUAUUAAUUUCUUUUGAGUGAAAACUGCUAUUAUGAGCAUCAUAGUUUCUCUAAAAAGAAAACGUGGGGAUCGUACUAGAUAGAGAGGCUUGCCAAGAUAUAAAUCACUCUCUGUGAAACUAUUUACAUCAUAUUUAUUGAUUCAUUUCUACUUCUAGUUCACUUUCCCGCUUCCCCUUCCAAUUAUGAAGAAAAAAUAUUUGUGCAGGGCUUCCCCCCCUACCACGCCCCCACAUAAUUUCUUCUCCUAUAAGCUGCUUUUGGCAUUUAGUAAUAGCAAGCCUCCUCUAAGAAGGUCUGAUAAGAAUAAUUAAGGAAGAUGAGGAUGACUCUGUUAUUAAAGGUAGUUUGGAGACUAUCAAGGGGCUAUUUUUUUAAUGCUCACUCACAUCUUUUCAACUAUGUUUUACCAUGGCCUGCCUGAGACAAAAUUAAGUAGAAACUGUGCCGUAAGCUAGAAAUUCCCAAUCUAUCUGGGUUGGACAUCCAUCAAGGACAACACAAUUAUUAAAGUAGAUGAGAGCAUCUUAUGGGUACCAUUCAUUAUCUAUUGAAUAAAUAAAAGAUAACUAUAGUCAGGUGGGGAUCUUUAAUUCUUUUUUAAUCUUUAAAAGGGAUACUUGAAAACCUCUGCAACAAGCUGCAGGAAAGCUAGUAUCUUGGGCUUUGCUAAUAAUCUGAGAACAAAGGCAAGCAUCCAUUCCUCACCACACCCCUCUUCUAUUUUACUGCUAAGAUAAAAACUUUGGAAAUUUCCUUUGCCUUUUAGGACAGGGUGAAGACUUAAGACUUAUAGCCCAGAAAUUUGUUGUACAUUGCUUGUAAUACCACCAAUCCAAGAUUCAGUUCGCUAAAGAACACACUCCAAAAACAAGAGCUAUCCACACUCCCAACCUAAAGAUAUUUACUUCCCUAAUUGAAAUAUUUACUUAAUCUGGAAAAUAAUGUAACUGCUUUAAAGUAGUUAUAUCCUUUAUUAAAGAUCAAUAAGAACACAGGAUUUUUUUUUAACUAGACAAAAGCAACACCACAUUUGGAAACAGUGAAAUCAAAGUCAAGUAUCCAUAGAAAACUCCAACAGCCACCAGUUCAAAACCACCAUGCACACAUAUAAAAUAAAGAGCAAGCUGUACUGGCACCAUACCCUAAUGAACCCAUGUCCUACAUAUAUUGUACAGUCUGGAGCUUGUCAAAGCUGAGUUAUGGAAAGACAGUUUGCCCUCCCACACACGUCCCUGCCCUCCAACCCCAGGUCCUUCCUGAAUGACUAAUGGCAUUUUGUUAGAAACAUCUUAAAUUUUUAAAAUUUGUAUCACCUGCUCCCAGACAGGUCUGAUAGUUAAAAGCAAGUUGAGACAAACUGGGCAGGUUCUGGGCAUGGAAUAGGAAGGAUGUGCUUAAAAAAUUAAGUGGAACCCCUUGAGAAAUUCCACAGGGAGACAGCAGCCGUAGUCCAGAUAACCUGUCUUCCACUGACUCAGUCAUAGUCUCUAAAAAGAGUUUGUUUUACAUGGCUUUCUGGUUUGUUGACAUGAAUACAACUGGGUAAAAAUAGGAUUAUUAAAAGUCUGAUUCUUUCCCUUUCACACGUUACCCACAUAUUCCAUUAGUCAUUUUUAAUGCUUCAACUUUCAUUAAAAAUAUCUGAAUUUUAGGGGCCAACCCAGUGGUGCAGUGGUUAAGUUCACACUCUCCUCUUCGGCAGCCCAGGGUUUGCCAUUUCGGAUCCCAGGAGUGGACCUACACACUGC